AUGUUGAGCUGCAGCUUUGAGGUGGACACAUGCCUCUGGUUCAACACAGGCGACUUCUUGUGGGCGGAGGCCGAGUCCGACCAGGCCAAUGACGGACAGUGGUACUUGCUAGCCACAGGUGCGUCGGGCGCUUUUGUCAUGGAGAGCCUCCACUUCAACGAAACACGUACCCAAAAGGCACUGCUCUUUGCAUAUCAGCUGAAGAGCUGGAGCUCUACGAGCCCUACGUCAUUGGAGAUGGAGUACAAGACCUCGGCCGGAUGGCUUACCGGUGCCUUUGAGCAGACUGGCGACUCGGGGUCCUCCUGGAAGUAUGCAGUGGUCAAGGUCCCCGAAGGCACUGUGGGCUUGCGUCUCUUGGCGCGCCUCUCCGCGGCCGAGGACGCGGUGAAGAUUGAUGCCAUGGUGGUGGUCGAUGCGGUGCAGGUGUUGGCGGAUGCUGCUUGUAGCUUCGAGGAUGGCUUUUGCGGUUGGUCUUCCUAUCUCGACUAUUGGCGGCGCCGCACGGGGGACUCAGGCUGGGAGACCACAGGCCCGGACACUGCCGGCUUCGGAGACUGGUACGUGCACCUUGAUCUCAUUAACAGGUUCACUCGCCUACUCACUGUCGAGGAGUUCGCCUUGACAAGUCCUGCAUUCCCGGCGACCGCCUCUGAGAGCUACGUGGAGUUUGCGUACCACAUGCUGGGAUCCGGUAUCGGCACCCUCGAGCUGCAGUACCUCCGUGGCGGCGACUGGUGGAGGCGCUGGUCACGUCGAGGCUCACAGGAGGACGCCUGGCAGCAAGCUAAGGUGACCCUCCCUACGGGCACAGAGGCGUUGAGAUUCCUGAGCUCCGGGGCCGUAAGUUCCGAAUGCAUGGUGGCGGUGGACUCAGUGGUCGGCUGGCAGCCCGCACAGUCCACGGCCCGAGGCCAGCAGAAGCUUUCGCUGUGCUCCGGCGGCUGGCACAACUGCGCCCUCCUCCUGGCCUCGGGCGGCGUGAAGUGCUGGGGCGCCGGCGGAGAGUUGCAAGGCCGCUUGGGCUACGGCAGUGAGGCGGACGUUGGCAGUGGCCCAGGGGAGAUGGGGGAACACCUCCCCUUCGUCGACCUUGCUGCCGGUGCUACGCAGGUGGCCUGCGGGUUUUGGCACAGCUGCGCUGUGCUGGAGAACCAAAGCUUCACCUGCUGGGGAGCAGGCGGCUUCGGUCAGCUUGGCUCCGGUUCCGGAGCGCCCGUUGGGGACGAGCCUGGCGAGAUGGGUCAAAACUUGACCCUGGUAGCCCUCGGCUCCGGGGCGGCUGAUGUAUCUGAUGUGCUGCAGGUGGCGCCCGGAGCUUGGCACACCUGUGCCCUCCUUCGAGGUGGACGGGUCAAGUGCUUCGGCUACGGAGCCUUCCUGGGCUUGGGCGACACGGAGGACCGCGGCGAUGUGCCAGGCGAGAUGGGCGAUCGGCUGCCCUUCCUGGACCUUGGCACGGGGUUCAUCGCGGUCCAGCUGACGGCUGGCCGAUAUCACACCUGUGCCCUGUCGAACCUUGGCACUGUGAAAUGCUGGGGCUGCUCACUUGGCGUUGGCCUGGGCUUCACUUCGGAGACCGACUGUGUUGGCGACGAGCCUGACGAGAUGGGCGAUCAGCUGCCCUCCCUGGAACUGGAUGAAGCCCUGCAGAUUUCCGCGGGCUCGGAGCACACCUGCGUGGUGCUCUCCGGUGGCUUGGUGAAGUGCUGGGGCCGAAACCAGCAUGGUCAACUGGGUCAUGGUUUCAGCAGGCGUCUACCACACGUGCGCGGUGCUUCAGGACGAGUCGCUCAAGUGCUGGGGUCGCGGGUUGUCAGGGCAGUUGGGACAAGGCAGCACGGAGAAUGUCGGGGACCAAGCAGCACAGAUGGGCGACGCCUUGUACCCCAUCGACCUCCAAAGCCUUGGCGUGCGACAGGUGACAGCUGGCAGGGGUCACACCUGCGUGGUGCUCGAAGAUGA